AUGCGAAAAUGCAUCGUUUUAAACCCGGAAUCAGAAGAACUAGCGCGCGUUCGCCGAGUUUUACAUAUGGAAUCUCGCAUUCCGUCGAUUAUCGAUCACGGGCAAGUGGAUAUUGACUUGCUUUAUAGCGAUUUGGGCUUGCGAAUUCAAACACUCUAUCCGGAACUUACUCUUGUCACAAGAAACAUCAAUUCGGCAUUUUUUCGCAGUGGCAGAACCGAAGUUCUUAACUCAGAAAUCGGAGAUCCAAAAAGACAGGUGGUUGAAAUUAAAGACGAGGUGCAGCGAAUUCUACUUUCAAAGAUAAAAGAAAUAUCUUCAGACUUUGAGUCUAUUGCGGAAGCUAUCGAUGAACUCGCGUUGUAUCUUCACAUUUCGGCUACAAUCGUUGAGCUGAAACUCAAGAAGCCAACAGUGUUCGAGAGCGAAGAAGCUGUAAUCAAAGGCAAAGGCAUUUGGAACAUGGUGAAAGCAGUGUCACAUCCUAUGUGGCGGCCGCAAUCGUUCGCCACGACAAGCAAGUUCAGAAAGACGAUUCUUGUUUACGGCGAAAAGUACUCUGGCAAGACGGAUCUAAUCACUUCCGUAGCAACAUGCGUCUAUCUGGCGCAGUUGGGCUUAUUCGUCCCCGCAGGAAUGGUUCAUAAAUAUAAUUCAACGAAGAAUUUGUAG